UUUUCUUUUCGUUUCUUCUCUCUCUCUCUCUCUCUCUCUCUCUCUCUCUCGAUCGAGCAAAAUCUAAAAUGGUGUCAGCUUCUGCUUAAGGAAUGUGAGGAUGGUUUCUAGGCGUUAGUUGCUGGACCCUAACUGACAACAGUAGCAUAUGAGACCCAUUAUUAACUGUUAAGCGAAGAAGAAGAAGAAGAAAAGGAAGAAGAAGAUAACUUUCUCACUGCGCUCUCUCUAUAUAUAAUAUAUGGGUUCGGAGCAGAAUAGAUUCCCUCAGCAGGAACGGCGAAAGAGAUGGGGAGGAUGUUUGGGUGCAUUAUCUUGUUUUGGCACACAGAAAGGUGGAAAGCGGAUUGUACCUGCAUCUCGGAUUCCUGAGGGGAAUGCAGCAGCUACCCAGACAAAUGGCCCUCAAGUAGUUGGGUUGACCAAUCAAGCAACUGCACUAGCUCCAUCUCUUCUUGCUCCGCCUUCAUCACCAGCAUCCUUUACAAAUUCCGCACUCCCUUCAACGGCUCAAUCGCCAAGCUGUUUCUUGUCAUUAUCUGCCAACUCACCUGGAGGUCCUUCAUCCACAAUGUUUGCCACUGGGCCAUAUGCUCAUGAAACUCAGCUUGUUUCUCCUCCUGUUUUUUCAACUUUUACAACUGAGCCAUCUACUGCUCCCCUCACUCCUCCCCCAGAGGCUCACCUUACUACUCCCUCAUCCCCAGAUGUGCCUUAUGCUCAGAUCCACAUGGAUCUGAAAAGCACUGAAAAAACUAAAUACAUCGCUGCAAAUGAUCUUCAAGCAACAUAUUCGCUCUAUCCAGGAAGUCCAGCUAGUAGUCUCAGAUCACCAAUUUCAAGGACCUCAGGUGACUGUUUAUCAUCUUCUUUUCCUGAGCGGGACUUUGCCUCACAAUGGGAUCCUUCAAUUUCUCCCCAAAAUGGAAAAUAUUCAAGGAAUGGUUCCAACAGGCAAUUUGGGCAUGAAACAAAUGGUGUCUCCAUGGCAUCUCAAGAUUCUAAUUUCUUCUGUCCUGCUACUUUUGCCCAAUUCUAUCUGGAUCAUAAUCCACCGUUUCCUCAUACUGGUGGGAGAUUAAGUGUGUCCAAGGAGUCGGAUGUUUACUCCUCUAGUGGAAAUGGACAUCAGAACCGGCACAAUAAAAGUCCCAAGCAAGAUGUGGAAGAAUUAGAAGCGUACAGAGCAUCCUUUGGGUUCAGUGCAGAUGAAAUUAUCACUACCCCUCAGUAUGUGGAGAUUUCUGACGUGAUGGAGGACUCAUUUACCAUGACUCCUUUUACCUCUAAUAAUCCACCCAUGGAAGAAGAUAUAGAACCUGCAUCAGUAAUUGAAGGACUGAAAGCUCAGAAAACGAAGACAAACUUGCUGAGUCCAAAAGGCCUUAAGUCAGGAUCAAAUACUGUUAAUGAGGGUGGAUGCCGUGAUGUGCCCGCUUACUGCAAUGGUCAUGGAGAUAACAUAUCGUGGAGAAAAUCUGGGAAUGUCUCUGGAUCCAGCACGCCUGGUAAUGAUACUCUGACUGAUGAAGAGGACAUUUUUUCAAAGAUGGAGUUAUCCAAAAGCAAUAGGAAGUACCAUCUGGGUUUGUCUUGCUCUGAUGCAGAAGUUGACUAUAGGAGAGGAAGAAGCUUAAGAGAAGGCAGAGGAGAUUUUGCAUGGCGUGACUAAGAAUUAGUGCAAAAGUAGAUUGUCAGUUGAUUUCCCAUGUGAAUUAGUUUGCAGGUUUCUUUCGUCAAACACUAUUGUUUCCCAUGUGAAUUAGAUUUGUCAGUUGCUUCCCAGGUGAUUAUCUUUUUCUGGUUGAUGAAUGUAUAUCUACGUUCCUAUUUCCUGCUAAGGUACAUAGGUGAUGCAUCUAAUUAUAUGUAUUGGGCGAAUGCUUCUGCUUUAUACUAUGGAACAACUAUUGCAACAUCGGUUUUGAUGUUUUCUGAAGCA